AUGCGUUAUAUGUUAUUGAAUCUGUUCCUUUUCGUGCCGUUUGUUGUGGCUGAUGGCUGGGAGGACUUUACGAAUAAUCUUGCGACGGACUUGGCUCCUCUCAUCACCCUUUUUGGAGAGAAGCUUACGAAGCAAUUCCUCUCCGAAUCUAUUACUGUCCUGGACAACGUCAUCUUCGCACUUUCGCCGCUUGGGGUCCUGACGGCCGUAGUCUCCGUGAUUAGGGUUUGCGGUGGCGCCUCACUCCGUGCUUUUGUUGGACGAGCACAAGAAGGUCCCGGAGAUGCAGAAAAAGAGCUCCUACCGUGUGUCUCUGAGACGACCGGUGAGUUGUUCAACGAUGCGGACAGACCCCAAGACCGGGGGAAGUCGAUGGAGAUUGGGACUCUGCGCGAGGCCCUCUUGAAAAAGGCGUGGUAUUGCAAGGGCGACGAACUCCAGGAAGAUGAGAUCAAAGGGAUGCCGGAGCUGGAUAUACCGAAUCUGUCUUUGAACAAGGGGAUUAAGCGAAAAAGCCAGUUUUGGUUCUACUGCGCUGCCGGGCUUGGUACAGUGAUGCAGCUAGGUGUCAUGGCGUAUGCUGCAUUGACUGUCUUUGCAUACCCAACUGUCUUCAAGGUGGGAGGGAAAAAGGUCGACAGCUAUGCCUUCCCUAUGUACAUCAUUGGAACCACCUUUCUCUUCAUUGGCAUGUUCUUCUGCGCUUUUAUUCUUGGGCACUCCUCCAAACAAUACUAUCUCUAUCCGAACCAUCCAAGCAAAAUAUACUGGCUACAGCCAGGCAGUCAAGAUGUCGGAGAUCAAGUCUUUGGUGCAUUUCUUGCGACAUACAAAGAGAGAAACUCAACAUUCACUAGAAAUAUGAGAUACAUCAAAUCCACCCGGGUUUCAACCCGCGGUAAACAACAUACCAAAAUUUACGUCACCCUCGCUUUGACUCUGAUUGGGUUUGUCAUUCAAUUUGUUGGACAGCGAGGGCUUCAUGCGUCGGUCAUCCUGGCUCAGCUAGGUUCGACGCUUUUUAUGGCAGUCAUACGAACGUGCCUUCGAACAGAGCGAAUGGCACCAGGAGAAAACAAGCUCAACAACCCAAAGCAUGAACGGCAACUCAUAUCUGAAAAGCAAAAAGAAUUGGAUUGUUUUGCAUUUCAUGUUGAUGAAAUCAAGUCUUUCAAUUUGCGCACCGCUCCGCUUCCUCAGAACCUUGCACCGAAGACAACCACAACUUCGGUGGCUAGCAAACUGAUUCAAACCAGAAUCAGACUUGCGGAACUCACCUCCAACCCACAUCAUGGGAUUAAUGAUGCAUGGGAAGACCUCCCCGUUCGUCGAGUAACUCGCAAUCUUGCACAGACGAUUGAAGCAACAAUGGACCUGUUAUCGACCUGGUCUAACAACCUGGAGAAAAGGUUUGAUUUUAAACUAACUCUGGAGUGUGAGAGACUCGACGAAAAGCCCACAGACGUGGUUCCAGAACUCUAUAUGUUUACAUUAUCGCGCUCUCGCGAUACAGGGAAAUGGCGAAUGAAACAAGCCAACCUCGAAGCCGUGCUUGGUCUUUGGACAUGGUCUUUGACCAAGUCCAAAGCAGAAUGGCGCCAACCGAAACUUACUCGACUCGUGGGUUUGAGUGAAGACGAGGCACGCGAAGAAGAGACCGAUCUGUAUUUCCAAAAGUGGAUAUUCCGACAAAGACAUGCCAAAUUUGUUUCUGCGAAGUUAAUAGAUUCUUCGCGACAGCUGUUCGGGUUCCAUCCAGAGAAACCUACUGCGGAAGAUAUGAACUCACAGGAGACAUUUUCUUCACAGAGCACGCUAUGCGUUGACAUGGAUGUUCUUGCUGUCAUAACCGAUAAUGACCUUGAAACAAUGGCAGCACAGGAUAUCUACAUCCAUUUUCUUAGGCAGGCACUCGAGCCUUUCAAGGAAUUGGGUGGACAUGUUGAUCUCAUUCCUGAAUCUCGAGGAUCCUGGCUAGCAUAUAACAGUCGCCUUGAGGGACUGGUAAAAUGCUUUGAGACUUCUAGUCUUGGCUCAAGAGAGGAUGCGCUAUUAUGCAUCGUUCCAGCCUUGAAAAAUAAAGGCCUUCUGCCAGAGCUUGCAGGCGAUUCUCUCUGCAUCCGGAAACGAACUAAUCAAUGUCUCGAAGAGAGCAACUUCCAGGACGCAUUAUCCAUCCUCUAUUGGCUUUGCCAGUGCUCCGAGGGCUCUGAGUUUGAACGAUCAGUAUAUGCACUCGGAUCACUCUGUCGAUUUUCCCUGCUCGAUAGUGCCAAGAAAGUCCGGAUGGCAGGCUUCAAACAGAUUUGCGACCUCGUUUCAUCUAAGCCUAGAGCUUCAUUGUUCAAGUCUAGAGAGGUAAUACGGCCAGCUGGCUGGUUGAACUCCCCACAACAUAUCGAGUGGUGGCAAAAAUUCACGAGCCAGCUAGUAUACCUUGCUAUACAUAUAUCCAGAAAUUUUGAGCCAACAAACUGGAUGCGGCCAGAAUUCGAGUCCCUGCAAACUAAAUACGGAUUAGAUCAGUUAAAAGAUGUGGAUCAGGAAACCGAAAACUCGAGGAGAGGCGUACAUGCUCUGCUCAACCUGCUCACCUUCCGCGACGAUGGUAUGGAUCCCAACCGUGAAUUCCCGGACUACGAUGAACAGUUGGGUUUCGAAUAUGCACUUUAUAACGAACAUUAUGCUGUCUUGUACUUUUUCUUGGCCAAGUGGAUUGAAAUCAACGCGCAUUCGCCAGCUCGCAUAGUGCCCGCGUAUACAAUUGCAGCAAGAAACAACUGCGGAUGGGCCAUUCAAACGCUUAAUCGAUACAGUGCCGAACUAAAUUCAAAAACGGAUAUAGCUCGUGAAGCGCUGAUUCAACAAGUGCUUUCGGGGGAUUUGAAGGCUGCUCAAACUUUGAUAGAGAACGGAGCAAACGCAAAGACCAAUCCUAAGAGAGAUAAGGCGAGCCCUUUGGUCACUGCUGCCGACCAAGGGUAUCUGAAUAUCGUGAACCUACUUUUAGAACAUGGGGCAGAAAUCGACCACGCAGAAACAUCUGGAUACUCAGCAUUACAUUCUGCAUGUGCAGCUGGCCACUUUGAAACUGCUCAGCUGCUGUUGUCCAAGGGGGCAGAUAUUAAUUUACGAGGGCCUGAUGACAUGACACCACUUAUGGGUGCUGUUUCAGGAGGUCAUCUGCGGGUUGUUAGGUUGCUUGUUGAGAGGGGGCUGGUAUUGAUAUGUGCGACGACGCGGGCGAUACUUCGGUCAGGAUCGCCGCCAUUUACGGACACACUGAAAUUCUUCAGCUAUUACUCGAAAAAGGUGCCAAUGUGCAUGUUUGUAAUGGAAUGGGACAGACGGCCCUCGAUGCCGCCAUAA